AUGGGAAACUGUAUGCUGUCAUUGUUGUUCCACGUGUCUUUCAUAACGACAUUUAUUUUCCAAACUGUGGGAUACAAAUACAGAAUUCCUGUAGGUCUGAUUAUUGAUGAGAGACACAGCGUUCUGGAGAGGUCCAUCAUACAGCACAUACGCCAACAAAAUGAAAUAAACUCCUACUUUGAGAUGGAGACAAAAGUCAUCAAAUUGGAUACAAGUGACAGCUACAAUGUUUCUAGAGCAUCCCUUAUUAUCACAGUGAUACAUGCUGGUUACGCAGAAACAGAAACAAUAAUGUUUAUUCUUUGUUCUGAUCAGAUAUACAUGGAACCAAGCCUUACCAAGCCAAUCGUAGCCAUGAUUCACGGCGAUUACGCUUGGAACAAGAUGUACUAUUUCUAUGAUUCAAUGGACGCUGUAUCAAGGAUUGAACAAAUUCAAGAUCUUCUUCAUGAGUUUCUGUAUUCGUCACCGGACAUUCAACCACAUGAAGUGACCACAGCCAAGUCCUGUUUGGAUUUGAUAAAACAUCUCUACAAUACCUCUUCAGGAGAACCACUGAGAAUUGUACUGGAUGUUGACCCAGAAAGGGCUAAAUUGGUGAUUGAUCAAGUG